GGAGGGGAGGGGGAUGCUCUAGAGCUGUCGCCAGACUGGUUGCUGUGGAAACAGGAGAGGAGCAGGGGAACCUGGGAAGUAGGGAUGACACAGAUAGCAAGUCCUAGUCAGAGCUGCUGCCACAUUUAGGAGAAACAGCGGUGUCUGCGGCUCCCACCCUCCAAGGGGGCCAGGGGUGGGGGCGGUAUCAGGGGCAUGGAUGCUCACCCCCAGGGCUCUUUGCUGCUGGCUGCUCUCCUCUCCACACACUGGCAGAUUGCAGCUCAGAGUGCCCCUCCAUGUGAAUUUGAGGCAAAUUUAGGCGGCUUCCCUUGGAAUGCGAGAUUUGGGCCAUAUGAGGGAGCUGUUAGGAUAAUCAGUGAGAGGCGGCUGUGUUGAUGGCAUAUCCUCCAGUUCUCAGGCCCAAUUUCAGGCUGUCUCCACUGUGCAAAGAACCCAGAGAAAAUAAGGUGAUUCUACAGCAGGAAACUGCCUCCCUGCUGGCGCUUCGCCUCUUGUCCAGGGAAGCCUGUGGAAUACUGCACACACCGUUUAGAGAUGUCCUUGCAGGAGCUGCGAGGACGCCCAGGGGCAGACCGAGGGCCGGGAGGAAGCGGCGGCGCGGGCCCCAGUGCGCUGGCUGGCGCUGACCGGGACACUGCCCUGCGCCGCCGCCAUGGCGCAGGAGAACGCCGCCUUUGCACCCGGCCCCGAAGAGCCGCCGCGGCGCCGCGGCCGCCAGCGCUACGUGGAGAAGGACGGCCGGUGCAACGUGCAGCAGGGCAAUGUGCGCGAGACGUACCGCUACCUGACCGACCUGUUCACCACACUGGUAGACCUGCAGUGGCGCCUCAGCCUGCUCUUUUUCGUGCUCGCCUACGCGCUCACCUGGCUCUUCUUCGGCGCCAUCUGGUGGCUCAUCGCCUACGGCCGCGGCGACCUGGAACACCUGGAAGACACGGCCUGGACACCCUGUGUCAACAACCUCAACGGCUUCGUGGCCGCCUUCCUCUUCUCCAUCGAGACGGAGACCACCAUCGGCUACGGGCACCGCGUCAUCACCGACCAGUGCCCCGAGGGCAUCGUGCUGCUGUUGCUGCAGGCCAUCCUGGGCUCAAUGGUGAAUGCUUUCAUGGUGGGCUGCAUGUUCGUCAAGAUCUCACAGCCCAACAAGCGAGCCGCCACGCUCGUAUUCUCCUCGCACGCCGUGGUGUCGCUGCGCGAUGGCCGCCUCUGCCUCAUGUUCCGCGUGGGUGACCUGCGCUCGUCGCACAUCGUCGAGGCCUCCAUUCGCGCCAAGCUCAUCCGAUCACGCCAGACGCUCGAGGGCGAGUUCAUCCCGCUGCAUCAGACCGACCUCAGCGUGGGCUUCGACACAGGCGACGACCGCCUCUUCCUCGUCUCUCCGCUCGUCAUCAGCCACGAGAUCGACGCUGCCAGCCCCUUCUGGGAGGCAUCGCGCCGCGCCCUAGAGAGGGACGAUUUCGAGAUCGUUGUCAUCCUUGAGGGCAUGGUGGAAGCCACGGGAAUGACGUGCCAAGCUCGGAGCUCCUACUUGGUGGAUGAGGUGCUGUGGGGCCACCGCUUCACAUCAGUGCUAACCCUGGAGGACGGUUUCUACGAGGUGGAUUAUGCCAGCUUCCACCAGACCUUUGAGGUGCCCACGCCCUCGUGCAGUGCCCGGGAGCUGGCUGAGGCAGCUGCACGUCUUGACGCGCAUCUCUACUGGUCCAUCCCCAGCCGGCUGGAUGAGAAGGUGGAGGAGGGGAAGGGAGUGGGGGAAGGGGUACGGGGAGGGGCUGGAGUUGACAAGAGACAGAAUGGCUGUUUGCCACCCCCAGAGGGUGAGUCCAAGGUGUGACCAGAUUCCUCCACACCCCUGUGGCAGGGCCAGACCCAGGUACCUGGGGAGCUGGAUAUUGAAGGUGGAGAAGGAGACAGGCGAGGUCCCUGAGAAUGCACUAAGUUUGGAGAAUCCCCUCAGAAUCUUGAAUCCAGGAUCCAAUGUAGAAGGGAGGGAUCCUGAUUUCAGGAGAAUGGAGGGUGGGGAAUGGGUGAACUUACUAGCCUGUCUGUGUUUGACCUUCACAUCUGUUCAUGGGUGGAUGGAUGGACAGAAGAAUGGAUUUAUAUGGGUUGGAUGGAAAGGUGGAAGCAGAUAGAGACAGCUGGUGCAUAGGUAAAUGGACUGACAGACAGGUGAUACACUCAGGGCUGCUGCUAACCCAUAAAGCACCUUUGUGCAAAUUCUAAAAGGCACCCUUUUUCUCCAGACUGAUGCCACUGCAGACCAGCAUGAGUGGCUUUGGGAGCAGAGUGUGGGCUGGAUUUUAGUUCCCACACACCUCCUCAGCCAGCCUCCCUGUGUAUGGCACACCUGUCUCACUGGACACAGUAGCCCCAGCUGACGCAGAGGAGAGAAAGCUGGAUGGAGGUGGGCAGAGAUAAGGAGGGUGCCCUCCCAACCCCACCUUCACCACUGUGACAGGCUGAGUGGGAAGAUGCAAGACUAUAGAGGUGGAUCAGCAGGGUGUGAAUUACCUUGUCUACUGGGCAGAGAAACAGGAAAUAGGAGCUGCCAGAGUUGGGUCCCUGGGAAUAGAGAGCUCUUUUCUAACAGUGGAGUGAGAUUUCAUAAGUACCUCUGUAGAUGUAGGAAGGGAGAGAGAGGUUCUGAGGAGGAAGACGGCCAGGGAGAGAUGGAGAGAGUGAGUUCACUAGACCUGAGACAUAGGGGCCCUUGGGAAAGUAGAAUUAGUCUUAGGGCACAGUGAGAGGAAGUCAUUCAAAUCGUUCAUUGGGUGCCCAUUGGCACUGAACACUGAACCAGGCACAUGGGGGGUGAACAGUCCAAGACUCUGUCAUGCGAGGUCUCUGGUCCUGCUCCCUGCGUAAGAAUGCAGGAUAUGGCCAAAAAGGAAUACCAAUGGGGGAGUUCAUACCACUAUAGUCUUGCUGGAGGCUGGGUUGGAGAUACAGGAAGCAGGCUCCAUA